AAUGCCACGAGCUGAAAUUUCUGGUUUUGAUAGAACACGAAUAGUAGCCCUCUUCCAAGCUGGAUUUUCAAAUCACCGAAUAGCACUGGAUUUGGGUAUCCCAAGAAGUUCGGUUAUUCGAACAAUUCAAAGAUUCCAAGAAACUGGCUCAGUUGAAAAUGGGCCACGCAGUGGGCGUCCUCGAGUAACAGAUGAUAGGGGGAAUCGUUACAUUGCUCUAUUAUAUAAUAUAGGAAUAGAUUUUCAACAAGUACAGCUAUCAGAUCGCAUAUUCAACAUACGUUUCGAAGAGUUAUUUCCACUUCUACCAUCAGAAGAAGAUUGCGAAUGA